UUUGAACGCCAGCCCGCGGAGAUCCUUCCUGCUGUCGGGUGACAAGAGGAAUACAGUCGAUAGAUCUGCUGCAACCCCCUCAACAGAUGAUGAGAAGAACACAGAGAGGAAGAGAGAGGGAAAGCGAGGGAGAAAACCUAGAAAGAAAAAAGAAUAGGCCUAAAGACGGACGGUCCAGAUUGUUUCGGUGCACCCGAUCUCUUCUUCCCUCCAGCCCACAGUGUCGAUGGUCGAGAGGCAACAAAGAGCUCGAUGAACCCAAGCUGAAAGAGGAAAACAGUGGGAAUCCCACUGCCUUUAGACUAAAGUCGGUGUGGUGUGUGGAUUGUUCGGAAUGGAAAAGGGAAAGUCGUCAGAUGAAAGAAGAGAGAAGGGGACGAGAUAGAAGAGGACGGAGCGAUGAAGAAAACGGGAUGCAGUUGGCCAAGCCAAUCGAGCCAGCAAGCAGAGGAGGGGAAUUCGAUGGGGGGAGACGAAGGGAAAAAAAUAAAGGGAACCAAAGAUCCACCGGGUCCAGAACCACAGUUAGUAGUUAGUUAGUUUAGUUUGAAGACAGUAACAGUAGUAGUAG